AUGAGCGCCUCAUCUGCCCAACUGCGCGACCUCCGCGCACGUUUGAACCAGUUGCGCAUGCCGGAGCUUCGCAACAUUCUAAUGGACCUCAACCUGCCGCGUUCUGGGCGCAAGUCGGAGCUCGUGGAGCGUAUCUCCAUCGAAUUGGAGUCCUUCGCCGACAAGGCACGAGGCACCACGUCCGCUGCUUUCUACGCCGAGCGGCUUGCGGCUGGUAUGCGCAGCAUUGGUGUAACCCCGUUGACUAGUGGCGUAGAUCUGUAUACCCCUACGCAGGCUACGUCUUUAAACGGCGCGAGAUGCUUCUGCGUGACGCAAGGCGUGUCAGGCAAAGUGGUCAAGUGUGUGGAUUGUGGCUUGGCAGUGCAUGCCAAGUGCCAUCAUCUGCUACCGCUGAGUGGCGAGUGGCAUUGCGAAAUGUGUCGAGCCAAAACAUAUGAUCCAUUCUUUCGAGUGCAGAAGACCGUUCUGGACCCUAAUUUUGUGCGGUUCUCGAAGCCUGCCAGCUCUUUCCGACUGGAAUAUUACAUCACGGACAAUGACCUUAACAACAUGUAUGCUAACCGAGAUCCGAAGCCUGGAUCGAUGACGCCAGGAGCUUUGGAGCUGCAAUUACGGUGCUUUGCAGUAAAAGAAGACCUCGCAGCAGGACAUUGCUGGCCGGCUUCGACGCAGCUGAGUGUCAAUGGCUUCGGUGUGCCAAUCACACAGCGGGCUCCUCCUGGACACAGUAACCCGUCUAAAGUGCUGCGAGAGCUACCAGCUAAUAUCUUCCAGUACUCACGAGUAGGACGCAACGUGGUGGACGUCCGCACUACGGCGAACCCGACGCUGUUCGGGUUCAUGGUACAGAUCGUGGAGGUACGCAACAUUAAUGAUCUCGUGAACGAGGUUAAAGACGCGUCGAAGAACUUGACGUACGAAGGCGCCAAGCAAGAAGUCAUCAAGUCGUUUGGCAGUGAAGACGAAGACGAUGUCGUGGCCACCGUCACGAUGCUGUCCGUGCGCUGUCCGUUGGGACUGUGCGUGAUUAAUCUGCCGGCGCGAGGAAUCCACUGCAAACAUCUGCAGUGUUUCGAUCUGAAAACGUUUAUGAUAUUCAGCAAGAAAGCGCGAUCAAAGGCGUGGCGGUGUACAGUGUGCUAUCAAUUUAUCAAGGCUACGGAUUUGCGGAUCGAUCCUUAUUUAAAGAAGCUUCUUGCAGAAGUCGAAGGCGAAGAUGAUCUGGAAGAAGUGGAGAUCUUCCCGGAUGGGUCAUGGAAACGGAGACUGAAGGAGGAGGCUGUGGCGGAGCCACCGGCAAAGAAGGUGAAAGCAGAACAGACGGAGGCUGCGGGAGCUUCAACCAACACAGCACCGGGUAACGAUGGACCGCCAGGAUCAAGUGCCACUGCACCCGUUGAGAUCGAUUUAUUGUCGAGCGAUGAUGAAGACGACACAGCACCAGCUACUGCUGCGAACCCUGCGAUCACCGCUGCUGCAAGUGCAUCUGCUCCGAUUCUACUGGAUGACGACAUCGAUAUAUUGACAGUGAGCAGCGAUGCGUGGGAUACUCCUGCCACGUCAGUCGCUGCAGCUACCACGACCAACACAACAAGCGACGGCGAUUGCGGCGAGUAUUUCCCGUUCCCGCUGGAUGAAAAUCUCUUCCCGUCAACGACCAACACAGCUGUCUCGCCCCCACGAGAUUUGCUGAACCAGGCAGAGUCCAACCUGGCCAGCUCAAUGGCUUCACUGUCUCGGAAUCACAACGUGAACAACCCGUUCGACCAGCGGCAACGACGUCAAGCACGACCUCCUCCAAAACCCACCACCAUGCCGAACGAAACGGAGAUUAUCUGCUUACUGGACAGCGAUAGCGACUGA